UGGGGCCCAGAUAAAACCAUCAGCUAUGGUGGCUGUAUAAUCCAGCUAUACAUCUUCCUCUGGCUGGGUGCCACUGAGGGCAUCCUAUUGGUUGUGAUGGCAUUUGAUCGCUUUGUAGCUGUCUGCCGGCCCCUACACUACAUGACCAUCAUGAACCCUCGAGUUUGCUGGAAACUAGCUGCUACUGCCUGGCUAGCUGGCCUGGGAAAUUCCCUAACUCAGUCAACAUUCACUCUGCAGCUCCCAUUUUGUGGACACCAGGCAGUGGAUGGUUUCCUCUGUGAAGUACCAGCUCUAAUCAAAUUGGCCUGUGGUGACACAAGCCUCAAUGAGGCUGUACUCAAUGGUGUCUGUGCCUUCUUCACUGCAGUGCCCCUGAGCACCAUCCUCAUCUCCUAUGGUUACAUUGUCCGGGCUGUCUUGAAGAUUCCCUCAGCUGAAGGCCGGCGUAAGGCCUUCAAUACUUGUGGCUCCCAUCUGAUAGUAGUAUUCCUCCUCUAUGGCUCAGCUAUUUAUGCCUACCUCCUGCCAGCCAAGAGUAGUUCCCAAGACCAAGGCAAAUUUAUAACUUUGUUUUAUUCAGUAGUCACGCCCAUGGUGAAUCCCUUAAUCUACACCCUGAGGAACAAGGAGGUGAAGGGGGCACUCAGGAAAUUGUUGGCAAAAUGGAGGGAGAAAUGGUGA